CGGCAGAAAUGGCAGAAACCAUUAAACAACGUCGUAUUAUAUCGUGGGUGCGGCUCAGUGUCUAGCAUAACGGUGCAUGUAAUGCAUUAAAGAAUUCAAGUCGAAGAAGGUACGCUUAUUUUUGACAAAUAUCUAACAUUUGAUAUUUCAUAAAUUUGAAUAUUUUUUUAGAACAUUGUGCGGGCGACUAUCGAUAUAUAUUGAUACUUCACUGAUGUGUUGUCGCGCAUGCGCAAAGAGAUGUAACCUGACUACUGCCUUUUGGCAACUCUGACAGUCGUAUAAUCAUAUUCAUAACGUGUAAAAAUGUGUUACGUAUUAUUUGUGCGAGGUCUCUAUGGAUAAACUGAUGUUAUUUCACUUGUGGCGUAUUUAGCAAUGCAUUUUGCGAGAAAUUAGGUGGCGUAUAUAUUUACUAACAAGUUUAUAUUUAAUAACAAAAUACUCAUCAUGGAUUCCAGUACACUACAAACUGAGAAUUUAUUUAAAUUACGAUGUUUAAUCAAAACCACCGAGAUACGACAUAGUGCACAGUGCAAAUUUGGAAGAAAAUUAUUUUUUGCCCUGGCGACCAGCAACGCCGACAUUAUCCUUUAUUUUAAACGAGAACCCUUGUGUCUACCAGUUGUUAAAAGAGUUCCUUGGUUUCAAGGGUCACACAAACAAAUUGCUGCUUUUUGCUUUGAUCCAAGUGGUAUAUGGUUACUAUGUAUAACUGUAGACGGAUCAUUGUACAUGCUUCCUGCUUUGACUCUAAUUGGUGAAAAUUAUGUCAUUGAUAAGAGAUGGAAAACAGAGGAUGUAACUUACAUCCCUUUUGUAAAUUCUCAGCUCUCUCAUUUUAGACCAACUAGUGUUACAUGGUGGAAGAAUACGCAUACGCAUACACCAAUUGAUAUCGGUAUCAUAGGAACCGAAUGUGGUGCAAUUUUAUUUAUAAAUCUUUCAAAUGGCUAUCAAAUGGGUAUAACGUACAUUAAUGAGAGUAUAAGCAGUCUACAUAUUUGCCAAAAUGAAAACGAGGAGGAUGCAUGUCUUUUAAUAACUAGUAAAUGUCAACAACAAUGGCGUUUGUCUUUGGAACAGCACAUACAUACCUUCUUACAUAAUUUUCAAGAGAAAGACUCUUAUAGUGAUGCAAAUUUAAAUGGUACUACUUAUGACAAUACGGAAGGUUCAGUUUCCAAGUCAAAGUUACAAGAACUUAAACAGCUCUCUGUCGAGAAACUGGCAAUUCUUAAGCAAAAGUUAAUUGAAGCCAAAAAUCAAACACUGGGUGAGAGCUUACAGUGCUAUGAUACUUCAAAUAACAAAGAGAGUGACAAUGGAAUUCCUGGUUAUUCGGAAAAAUUGGAAUGCAAGAAAGAUUUUAUUAGCCCAGAACCAAUAUCGAAAGAUAUGUUUCUCUCUUUGCAAUAUAAUAGGGAAGGUCAACAAUUAUAUACACGCUACUAUCCUGUCACUAAUCAUAUUACGGUUCAUGAUCCGAAUUUAGCCGUAGUACCCUUGUCGGUACAUAAAAUAUUCGACACAUGUGAGACUGUUUUAUUAGCGCACAGAUUUUUUUUUAUUACCGACAUUAAUCAACAUGUAAUGUAUAUAAUAUCCAAUCAAUUAUCAGAGGCUCACAUAAAUGAAGACUGCAAGUUUAAUUACGAGUCCGUUGUUGGAACAUUUUCCUUUAAAAACAGCAAGGAAGUGAUACGCGCGGUGUACAAAGUAGCAAAGUUCAAUAACGUGAUAUCAAGUAAAGCUUCUCAAAAUAUCGAGAGUAAAUAUACUUUACCAAAGAACGUGAAAGAUAUUAAGAUCGAGAUUUCUAGCUUAGAUUCCUGUAUAAUUGUUACAAAUCGCUGCGUAUACGAAGUUAUUUUAAGGGAAUCACUUUUGUCGAUUUUCAUGGAGUUAGUACUGAAGAACGAGCUGCAGAAAGCGGAGAAAUUAGCAAUGGUAUUCGGAUUGAACGGGCAACACUUGUUGGAAUAUGCUGGCGAUUUAUUUUUGUCAAACAAAGAACUCUCACGUGCAGUAGCCUCUUAUAAGAUGUCCAAAGUAUGCAAAUUGUUAAAAAGUGUGUUAAAGUUUGCAUCGGUUGGUCAAACCUCGGAAUUAUUGAGUUGCCUUACACACUGUUUACUGACGCCCGUUACUGAAAUGCCAAUUGCAACACGGAUACAUUUAUCCAAUUUGUGUGUACUUGCUUUUAUUGAAAUGAUAUUGAGGGUUUGGUCCGAGCAGUCUAAAGCAAUUUACAAAGAGUUUUUAUAUUUCUUAUCGACAAAUACAUUUUACGACGAAUUGCUAGCUAUUAAUAUAGCUGGUCAAACUUACCUUUGGGAGGUGUUACAUCAUUUGGCUACGCAAAGGAGUCUGUACGGCCAAAUGUUGGAUAUUUUAAUGAAAGCGGUACAAAUAUUUGGGACAACCAACUUUCAUCCAAAAUCAUAUGGUUUACUCAUAUGUUUAAGCGAAUCUGGCCUGAUGCAAGCAAUGUUAUUGAACCAUAAUUUAACUAGAUCCCACAUAUCGUUCGUACGCGAUAAUCUGCGUGAUUGUCAAAUCUUUGUACUUCAGAGAUUAGUAACCUUAUAUGAUCCAACUAAUCCAACAUUACGAUCUAGGCUAAUACAAUGCCAAAUACGUCGUAAAAUCACAUCAUAUAGUCAACAAUCUAGUCAAUGUGAUUCUAUAGACGUUGCCGAUAAUACUACAAUCAAUCACCUAUCUAUCUUUAAGCAUAACUUUUUGGCCACUUGGGAGAUGAAAGAAGAUUUUUUUCACGUAAAUAUCGAGACUGAAGAUAUAAAGCAACUGGUGAUAACACUUUUCAAUUUUUAACAAUAGUUGAUAUCUUUAUGUAACAAGGCGCUGAAAAUUAAUAAAAAUAUUCCAUUAAAAUCAAAUUUUCUUUUGAUAUCGAGUGAUAUAACAAUAUUAUCCAUUUUCUUUUCUGGAACCUAGUUUGUCAGAAACCUUUAUUUUUAAUCUAAAUUUAAUUAAAUUAAUAGAUGCCUCAAUAUUUCCCGCAAAAAAA